CCGCCCGCCCCGGCCAUGGACGACACCCUGUUCCAGCUGAAGUUCACCGCGAAGCAGCUAGAGAAGUUGGCCAAGAAGGCGGAGAAGGACUCCAAGGCUGAACAGGCCAAAGUGAAGAAGGCCCUGCAGCAGAAGAAUGUGGAGUGUGCGCGAGUGUAUGCUGAGAAUGCCAUCCGCAAGAAGAACGAAGGCGUGAACUGGCUCCGCAUGGCAUCCCGGGUGGACGCUGUGGCCUCCAAGGUGCAGACAGCUGUGACCAUGAAGGGGGUGACCAAGAACAUGGCCCAGGUGACCAAAGCCCUGGACAGGGCCCUGAGUGCCAUGGACCUGCAGAAGGUCUCUGCGGUGAUGGACAGGUUUGAACAGCAGGUGCAGAACCUGGAUGUGCACACUUCGGUGAUGGAAGACUCCAUGAGCUCGGCCACCACACUGACCACACCACAGGAGCAAGUGGACAGCCUCAUUGUGCAGAUCGCUGAGGAGAAUGGCCUUGAGGUCCUAGACCAGCUGAGCCAGCUGCCCGAGGGCGCCUCAGCCGUAGGCGAGAGCUCCGUGCGCAGCCAGGAGGACCAGUUGUCAAGGAGGCUGGCCGCCCUGAGGAACUAGGCCGCCGUCCACCUGAAGGGGAGGAGAGCGGCCACCCCUGCCUUCUGCUGACCGUGGCCUCGCUGCUCUCUGCCCACCUGCCAGCCUGGAGCCCUGCCUUGUGCCCGCAGUGGGUGCCUGUCUCUGUGACUACACAAACUUCUGACGUCUCUGGGUAAUUCCCAUGUCUCUGGGCCGGCCAGCUGUGGACUCACAGACCCUUGUCCCCUGACCCCAGGCAUGGACAGGAGCUGGCCAGCGGACGCCUGUAGAUCCGUGUGUGUGCAGUGUGCUUCCCCGGCGGCUAGGACCACCCCUUGCCAUGCCCCCAGAGGCCUCCCCUCAGUGGCAGCCACCAGGGACAGAAUGGGAGGGCCCAGCAGGGUCUGGGCAAUCAGCCGCCUCGACCUACGUGCCUGCGUCCCGCAGACCCUGCGAACCCCCCAUGCUUGCAGCACGGGCCUCCACCUGCUCCUCCACUGCCCUCCGGCACCCAGUCCUCAGUGAGGUCCUGUCACUAUAGAGAGGGGACGUCCCCUGACGUCGGCCUGGGACAGCCUGCCCCUGCGCCUCACCCAGUCCCUGACGUUUACUGUCCUCUCACUGUUUUCACGGUUUCUCUUUGGGUUUUAUUUUUGCCAAAAUGGAAGGAGCCGGCACCAGGCAGGGCCGGCUGAGCACCUGCUCCAAGCAAGAUGCUCAGACCAGUGUGACAGGCCAGGCCAGAGCCUGCCACACGCCCAGCAGACCCCUCUGCCAGUGAGACCCCUGUGAGAGACUGGCUUUCCUUUCUGCUCCGAUGAACAGCUGGGGCAGCCGUGGGGCACUGGAUGGUGUCGUGUGGAUGGGGGCAGCCUCUCAGACCCUCGGACCCCAGUGUCUCAGCGUCCUGGGGCCCCGUGCUCAAGCAGGGAUGGUGUUGGGGGAGGCUUUGCAAGAGGCAGCAGAGCUGCCCCUUGUCCUGAAAUGCUGUUGUGAAUAAACGGAUUGU